AUGUUGUUGUAUUCCAAGGUAUUCUGUAUCCCCGCCAAAAGUAGGGUUAAGACCGAGGGUGUUGGUUUGCUUACCAACACAUCUAGUCGGAUAUGGUUCAAGGUAGGACCGACACUUCAAGUGAUCAAAGGUGAGCACAGAGCAUUCAGACCCAGCGAGCACAACUAUAAAACUCACUACGACCUCACCUUUGCGCAGGAGCUAGGUCUUACAUUCAACCUCAUCAGCGACGGCAAGUCGAUCAACAACCUCGACACAUUCUACACUCCAUUCGCACGCAUCAUGCCAUUCAUCAUCUCUUGUGGUCACCAGAUGAUUGGAACGAUAAUAAAGGACGACAUUGACUGCAUCAAGCGCGUGCACACUGAUGGAUUCGUCUCGACAAAGCCCUGGACUGUCAAGACUGGCAAGUUGGGCAAGGAGUGCGGCGACCUGCGCUAUGAGGGACGACAAGGGCAGCAUCUGAGCAUGGGACAAUCAUGA